AUGGCGAGGCAGUGCGGCGCGGCGCAGGAAAUAAUAGGCAGAUGCACGUGCUGUGGCACGGUCUUGGUCUCGGAGAGCGACGCCACAAAGUUCUUCUGUGCCCAGUGCCAGACGACCUGUUUGUGCACGGAUUUCGACAGCACGCAGCCGCCGUCCGUCCACCCGGUGUCCUCGGCCCGCGUGGAUCACAUGGCCGCCACCUGUCUCCGGGGCGAGCGGGCAAAAAGCGCCCACGAAUUGCAUGUGAAGUUGAAGCCUUUGCUGGACUACUUGAUGGCCGCGUUUUCCAGCAUGGCGUGUCUCAACAGCUCGUUCAAGAUCAAGCCACGCAGCCGCCGGGCCCACUACUCUUGCAGCAACGUGGACUUUGCCGACGUGCGCAGGACGUUUGGUAUUUUGCUUCUGCUCCCGUCGAAAAAACCGCUCUACUGUGCGUUGACUGGUGCGAGAAACUGCCUCAGGCGGCUACCGAUCAGCCUCUGUGACGACGCGCGGAAUCUUCACUGGGCCAUGGUGCUUUUGGAGAUCCCUAUCUUGCACAAGGCCUUGAACAACUGGGACUCUGCAGGGAACACGGUGCCGAAAUCCAUGGCCGAGGUCCCGGAGAUCCAGGCGCUCUGUUACGAGAUUGUUAAGCGGGUGCUCGGCGUCUUGAGCCAGGCGGAGUCCCGCGUCUCGGGCAACUACCUUGCCAGCUGGUUCCUGAAGCUCUCCCGGGACGACUUCUCAAAGAAGGUGGACCUCAUUAACUUGUACAUCACGUUCCAGUUGAAGAGGUAUCUUUUCCUCGCCAACAAUCUGGAUGUCAUGCGAAGAGGCAGCCUGGGCGCCCAGGAAGCGGCGGCCCCGCAACUGCAGCGGCACACUAGCUGCAAUUCCCACAUGGCCCUCGACGACGAAUACUUCCACUUGAGCCAAUUGAAGGAAGAAAUGGGGCAAGCCCCAGACGAGGCUCCUGGCUGGUCACGGGGUGCGCCGGCACUACCGAGGAAAUCCGCAGGCAAGAAGAAGCAGGACCUCAAGAUUCGCUUCCACCAGUACACGUCCAACUACCACUUGCGCACGGCGUCGGGUGCUCUCGGCCUUUUUGUCAAAGCCAACUACAUCCGUUUGAGUGACGACAGGCUUCCUGUAAACGCGUUCUACAACUCGCUCGUGGACUUUGUCAACGUCAAGCUCGAUUUCGACUCUUGGCUGAGCAAGAAAAAAACUGUGAAACAGCUGUCCAAGACUGAGCCCGCGCUACAAACUGUCAUUGACUACAUACAUGGGACUUCGGAGAACUAUCUCCUGGUCUACGAGCGGCCCCAGUGCUCGCUGUUCUACAUGUGCCAAUACCCGUUCCUCAUCUCCUUGGGGGGUAAGAUUUCCAUUCUCGAGUACGAGGCGCGCCGCCAGAUGGAGCGCAAGGCCGAAGAGGCAUUCAUCAACUCGUUGGACAAGCGCAUAGCCUUGGAUGUGUACUUCAAAGUGCGCGUGCGCCGAGAUCACAUAGUUCAGGACUCGCUCAUGUGCAUCGAGCUCAAUCAAAACAACUUGAAGAAGAGUUUACGAGUGCAGUUCAUCAAUGAGCCCGGAGUUGAUGCUGGAGGGUUGAAGAAGGAAUGGUUCUUGCUAUUGACCCGCGCAUUGUUCAGCUCCAGAACAGGUAUGCUUCACAAUGUGGAGCAGUCCAACUUGCUUUGGUUCAAUGUGAUACCCAUGAGAGACCUCGAGAUAUACUACUUGUUCGGUGCGGUGUUAGGCUUGGCGAUCUACAACUCUACGAUUUUGGACCUUAACUUUCCUUUGGGCUUGUACAAGAUUUUGCUCGACUUACCCGUUGGUCUCGCCGACUACAAAGACUUAUACCCAGAAGCAGCGCGCAACUUGUUCAAGUUGAGAGAAUACACUGCCGAUGAGCUUGAUGCCGUCAACUUGGUGUUUGACGUAACAUUCCUGGAUGUUUAUGGUAAAUACCAUCAUCGCAAUUUGAUUGAAAAUGGCAGCAACGUGGCUGUCACAGUUCACAACAGGGAGAUGUACAUCGACAAGUACGCGAGAUUCUUUCUCGUUGAAGGCAUUGAGGCCCAGCUAAGAGCUCUCAAAAACGGGUUUUCGAGUGUUGUUGAUGGAAACGCUUUCUCCUUAUUUCUGCCAGACGAGAUUCAAUUGCUUCUUUGCGGUAGUGAGCAAAAAAGUUUUGAUGUCGAUAUUCUCAAGUCUGUCACUAAGUACUCUGGAUGGGGUAGAAAAGAGGAUGCCGAGAACUCCUUGACGGUGAAAUGGUUCUGGGAAUAUAUGUCAGGACUCACAUUCCAACAACAGAAGCAGUUGUUGCUAUUCGUUACAGGGUCAGAUCGAGUGCCUGCCACGGGCAUUCAGAAUUUGAGUCUUCGAAUCAGCCGAUUGAGUAAUGGUAGAGACAGUGAUCGACUACCAACCGCACACACUUGUUUCAAUGAGCUUGCCAUUUACGAAUACAGCUCGCGAGAGAAGAUGAUUGACAAGCUCUCGAAAGCAAUCUACAUGCUGGCCGGAUUCGGCAUCCAGUAA